AUGGCUGCUGGUGGUGCCAAUAAUUCUUCAUCGGAAAUCAAUGUGGUCAUCAUUGGAGAAACAGGCACUGGUAAAUCAACAUUUAUUAAUUAUUUAACAAAUCUAUUUCAUAAUGGUUCAUUAACAAAUCUUAAAGUAGCUAUACCAACACGUUAUUUAAAAGCCAAUAUGCCAUCUAUCAUGCCUCAACAUCAUGAAGCUUCUUUAGAUGAUGGUACACGUAGUAAAACAAGUAAAUGUAUAAAAUAUACAUUUAUUGUUGAACAAGUUCAUUUUAAUUUUUUUGAUACACCUGGUAUAAAUGAUACAGGUGGUUAUCUAUCUGAUAAUGAAAACGUUGAUCGAAUAUUUGAGUGUAUUCAAACAUUACAACAUUUAACAGCUCUUGUACUUGUUCUAAAUGGUACACAGGCACGUUUAACAAUUAAUAUACGAAAUGUUCUUGAACGUUUUCGUGACCGUAUACCUGAUGUAAUUUAUACAAAUGUAAUUGUUAUAUUAACAAAUUGUGCAUCACAUACAGUUAAUUUUGGUUCAGUUAAAUUAUUAAAUCAUGCACCUGUAUUUCAUAUGCAAAAUUCAGCCUUUUCAUCUGAUGCUCACACAUGGACACCUAAAACACGUGAAAUAUUACAACGUGAUUGGAAUGUAUCAAUGCAAACAAUGAAUGAUUUUAUUAAAACUUUAUUAACAUUAACACCUAUUUCAACUGAAUCAUUAUCAGCAAUGAACGAUGAUCGAAAUGCUAUACGUAGUGUGUUACACGAAAGCCGUCUCAUGAUUAUGGAAUUACAACAUAUUGAAGAUGAAUUAACUGCACUCGAGCAAGCAUCAAAUAUUUAUUCAUCUAAUAUUGAAAAAUAUGCAUCGAGUAGUGGUCAAUCAACAAAAUCCAUUCAGGCAAUUUGUCAUGAACGAUGUUCAUUAACAGAAACAACACGAGUUGGUGAACGUGUUUUUCGACGUUGUACAGUUAUUGUUAAUGGUCGAUGUACGGUAUGUGCUGGUAAAUGCUCCUAUGAUAUACAUUAUCAUGAUCGACGUAUUAUUAAAAGUGUUCCAAGAACAUUAAAAGUAGCUAUAUCAUCUAUGGCAAAUAAAUAUACAGAAGCACGAAAAGAUAAAGCAGCUUGUGAAACAAAAUGUGAAACUGUUCAAGAAACAAAACGUGUCAUUGAGCAAUCAUUACAAGAACAAUUUAUUAAAGUACGUGAUGCAUGUUUGCGUGUAAAAAGUAAUUGUCAAGGCUUUAAUGUAGCUGAAGAAUUAUGUAUAUUUGUUAAUUUUCUUAAAAAUGAUAUGAGUUCAUUACGAUCACCAUCAGUUAUGAGAAAAGCAUCAAAAUUUGUUGAAAAACUUGAAACACUUGCAGAUGAUUUACAACAUGAUGAUUCUUUAAUAUCUAUAAUUGAACCACCAUCAACAUUAGCAAUACAUCCACCAACGUCACCUUCACCUGCUGCUAAACGAAAAACGACCAACAAUAAUAAUAAUAAUAGUAAUAAUACUUAUAAUUAUAAUCAUAAACAAUCUUUAAAAGCAACUCAAUUACAACCAACAUCAACAGUAAAUGAUGAUUUGAUUUUACUUAAUUCAUCACCUACUUCAUCUUUAAUCGCGCAAGUUGAUCAUAUUCUAAGUGGUUCAUUUAGUUCGUUAAAUGUAGUUGGUGAUAUUCCAUCAACCGAUGAUGAUGAACAACAGAGGAAAAAAGUAUCAACAGUUGCUAUAUCGGAUUCAUUUCUACGCAGUCAACCUAUUCAACAGCAACAACCACUAUUAGAGUUAAACAAUAGUCGUAAAUAUGCUGAAUAUUCAACUGAACGUCUUGUUGCUUUAAGUCGUGAAUCAACUGAAGAAUACAAAUUAAUUGCAAAAGAAUUGAAUCGACGAUGUGGCGGUACAUCAAUUGGUUAUUUAACACCAGCACAGCUAUCUAUAUUGUGUGAAUAUUAUGCAUCAUCUCGAAUGUUACAAAUGGAUGAACUUACUCGUGUACAUUCGCAACUUCAAUUAGAUGUACAACAAUUAACUGAUCAUGAUCCAUUCGAAAUACUUUCUGUACCAACAGAUAAGCUAUUACAUUUAGCUGCUGUUUCACUUUGUUUACAAAAUGCUAAUAAAUACCAAUAA